GAAAGUGAAGAUAGUGAUAGGGAAGAUCAUUCAAAUAGUAUACAGAAAAAAAAUGUAGAUGAUAAAAUGACGAAUUUGGAUAAUGAAUCAGAAACAUCCUCCUCCGAAGAAAGUGAUGAAGAUGAAGAUAGUGACAGGGAAGACCAUUCAAAUGGUGUACAGAAAAAAAAUGUUGAUGAUAAAAAGACGAAUUUAGAUGAUGAAUCAGAAACGUCUUCCUCCGAGGAAAGUGAUAAAGAUACAAAAAUGUCAAAUUUAUCCGAAAAAAGUGAAGAUAAAAAAAUGAAAAUUUUAGAUGAUCAGAGUGAAAUUGAAUCAUCAUCCGAAGAAAGUGAUAAAGAUAAUAAAAAUGGAAAUUUAAAUGAUCAGAGUGACGCAGAAUCAACCACUUCAGAGGAAAAAAAAACUGAUAAGAAAGAUGUACGUAAUUCUUCAAGUAGCAUACUAACGAGUAAAAAAAGGAAAAGUAGUGCGGAUGAUUCUUCUGAUAGUAAUAAUCAAUGUCAAUCAUCACCUACUAAAAAGAUAAAUGCAGCUUCAAGUAUAUCUAUAAAACAAACUGGUGGACUUUUUAUCCCAUCUAUAGUUCAGAAAAAUAAAAUGAAGAAAGGAAAGGCUAAAGAUCUCACCAAUAACGGUAUGGAACAGCUAGAGAAAACUAAGAAUGGAUUUCAUCAAUCUCGUGUAAAUUUUAAUGAAAUCAAAUUUAAUAAUGAAAAGUUGAAAGAUAACAGUGCAAUUGGAUCAUUUGGUUACAAAGCAUAUAACGAUUUUGCGACAACUAGGGGUAAAGAUUUCCGUGCUCAGAAAACGAAAAAGAAACGUGGUUCAUAUCGUGGUGGUAAAAUCGACUUUCAAUCGCAUUCAAUAAAAUUUGAAGAUAAUGUAUGUCUUAUAUUUUGA